UUUUGUUAAUCAUUAAUUUUAAAAAAUGCAUUCAGUGAUAUCUACUUCAAAUGAAAAAGAGGAAAAUGCAGUUAAAUUGGAAGAAGUACAGAGGUUCAAGGUUCAAAGAGAACAUGAAGCUGAGGAAGGCGCUCAAAUGUGGAAAAAGUACUUAAUGCACGAAAUUGAGCUCGGUGCUUUAAAUACGAAACAUUAUCGGACUUUAUGGCGAAAGAUGAUGACGAGGAUCAAAAUGCCGCAGAUCACUGAAGACGUGAAGAUUGCAUGGCACAAUUUCGACCGAGCUUUCGAUAUUAAAGACUACAGAAUAAGCUUUUUAAUGGACGAAUUGGCCGAGGCCGAAGAACAAUAUCAAAAGACUACAAAAUCAUAUACUGAAAUUAUAGAUCGAUUUUUGAAAUUGCAUAGAGAAGGAAUACAGAGCAAAGAAAGAAAUUGUCGAAGAACCUUAAACGAAAUACUUGUUCAGACAGACACAUACAUAGGAAUUGGCAAAAUUUAUUAUCAGCAAAACGAAGUCUUGUUACAAUCAAUCUCUAAUGAUGUUCACAAACAAUUAGAAGAAUUAUUGGACAAUGUUAAAAGCAUCGCUUUAAGUAAGAUUGAUGCAUUCGUGGAAGACAGUAAGGAUGUACGCAGAAUUUCUGUAACACAACUUGAAAAUCGGUUACAAAGAUCCUGGGAAAAUCUUCAACAAAUUCUAUUGGAUUAUCAAAAUAAAAUAAAGCAUCACAAAAAAUCAUACGAGAUACUUAAAGAUAAAGACGAAAAAAACCAGGAAGUAAUAGCACAACAAUUAUUACGUACAACGAGCCUUUUCGAGGAUACACGAAAAUUUCAAGGUAAAAUAAGAACAUAUGAUUUCAUAGCCAAGAAGAAAAUUUCGAAAAUUUUGAUAGAAAAUGACUUCUUCGAGAAAGCUUCCUGGACUGUGAAAUUCCGUCUUCUCUCAGAACAGAUGAAAGAUAAGAAUCAAUUGAAGAUACUGUCGAUCAGAUAUAACAAGAUGAUAAAAUAUUUAGAAUUUCUUAUAAUUAAAGGCAAACAACUGCUUACGCUGAUGCAAAUUUGUAGUAAGUAUAAAACACAAAACGAGAAAAUAAUUCCAUUUGUUGAUCAUACGAAAAGCACGCAGAUGUUCUCGUCAUAUCAAAUCGUUGCCUUAUCAAACUUGAAUGUACCACGUCAGAUUACAAAUUUUCAAGAUCUGACAAAUUUUUGGCGACAAUUUGGUGUUGUGCAAAUGAUUACUAUACAAUUGCGAUUGGAGAGGAAUAACUUGAAGGCUGAAGUAAAACAUUUGCGCGAAAGUAUCAGUUUUUACAUUAUGCAGAAAGAGUAAGU